UGCACUCUCACCUCCUCCCGCCCGCCCCACUCCCCACUCUUAAACUCUCACCACUCUUACUUACCAUCGUUCCCCCCUCUUAACUCCUUCACUCUUAAGAUCCCUACCCAACUUCCGCUCUCCCCCCCCACCCCCUCCCACCCCACCCAUCCCAAAAGCAUGAGUGCGGCCAGCAGCCUGGCCGCUAAAAUUAACUUCAAGGCGUUGAGGAGAAAGCCUUCGAAAAGCUUCAAUGUGCGGAUUGUCACUAUAGAUGCCGAGAUGGAGUUCAGCUGCCAGGUAAAGUGGAAGGGUAAAGAUCUUUUUGAUUUGGUUUGUCGGACAAUUGGGCUGAGAGAAGCAUGGUUCUUCGGCCUUCAAUAUACAGAGAAGGGUUCUGUUGCAUGGCUGAAAAUGGACAAAAAGGUCUUAGAUCAUGAUGUCUCAAAAGAAGAGCCAGUCACUUUCUAUUUCCUUGCCAAGUUCUAUCCUGAGAACGCAGAAGAAGAGAUGGUACAAGAAAUCACUCAACAUUUACUUUUCCUCCAGGUAAAGAAGAGUAUCCUGGAAGAGGAAAUAUAUUGUCCCCCAGAAGCUUCUGUCCUUAUGGCUUCCUAUGCUGUUCAAGCUAAGUAUGGCGAUUAUGAUCCCAAAAUACACAAACCGGGUUUCCUAGCUCAAGAGGAGCUAUUACCAAAAAGGGUUAUAAACUUGUACCAGAUGACCCCAGAGAUGUGGGAGGAGAGAAUAACUGCUUGUUAUGCAGAGCACAGAGGGCGAGCAAGGGAUGAAGCAGAAAUGGAAUAUCUAAAGAUAGCACAAGAUCUCGAAAUGUAUGGUGUAAGCUAUUUUUCAAUCAGAAACAAGAAGGGAACAAAUUUAAUGCUUGGAGUUGAUGCUUUCGGCCUGCAUAUUUAUGAUCCAGAGAACAAAUUGACCCCCAAAAUAUCAUUUCCAUGGAAUGAGAUUCGCAACAUUUCCUACAGUGACAAAGAGUUUGCUAUAAAACCCUUGGAUAAAAAGACAGAGGUUUUUAAAUUUAAUUCUUCAAAAUUGCGAGUGAAUAAAUUGAUUUUGCAGCUUUGUAUUGGAAACCACGACCUGUUUAUGAGGAGACGGAGAGUGGACUCUUUGGAAGUUCAGCAAAUGAAAAGCCAGGCAAGAGAAGAGAAGGCUAGAAAACAGUUGGAGCGUCAUAGGCUAUGUCGGGAGAAACAGCUCCGAGAGGAUGCAGAGAGAGCAAGAGAUGACCUGGAACGCCGAUUACUGCAGCUUCAGGAUGAAGCCCAGCUGGCAAACGAGGCUUUGCUGAGAUCCGAAGAGACGGCUGAUUUGCUGGCGGAAAAAGCCCAGAUUGCAGAGGAAGAGGCCAAGCUAUUGGCCCAGAAAGCAGCAGAGGCUGAGCAGGAAAUGCAGAGGUUACAAGUCACGGCUUUGAGAACUGAGGAAGAAAAACGACUGAUGGAGCAAAAGGUGCUGGAGGCAGAGGUGUUGGCACUCAAGAUGGCCGAAGAGUCUGAGAGACGAGCAACAGAAGCUGAGCAACUGAAGCAAGAUUUGCAAGACGCGCGUGAAGCUGAAAAGAGAGCCAAGCAAAAGCUCAUUGAAAUCACCAGCAAAUCUUCACAUACACCUCUGAAAUCAAGCACAGCCACAAUGCCGACUGAUAUCCCAAGCUUUGAGAAUGGAAACUUCACAUUCGAUUUCAAAGACACUGACAUGAAACGGCUCUCUAUGGAGAUAGAAAAAGAGAAGGUUGAGUACAUGGAGAAGAGUAAACAUCUCCAAGAGCAACUGAAUGAACUCAAAACAGAAAUUGAAGCUCUGAAGCUCAAAGACAGAGAAACUCCUCUCGACAUAAUACACAACGAGAACACCGAGCUGGGCAGCAAUAAGUACAACACUCUGAAAAAGCAUACUCUGCAAAGCACUAAAUCCCGAGUGGCCUUCUUUGAUGAAUUGUAGUCUCUUUGCUGCACACCUCACUGCCUGACAUCUGCCCAGAAGCCAGUGGUUCAGAUGUGGAAAAUCUUUUAGGCAUGUAAGCUAAAGUCAGACGGACGGAAGCUUGACGUGACCAAAAUUAGAUUAUGGUUUAGUGUUUACUGCAAGUGGUCUUUUUAAAUCCUACCCUAUUUUAUUUAUUUGGUUUACUUAAUACAGUCUGUAACGAGACCCUCAAUUGUUUACCAUGUAUGUGCGAGUAACUGAGAUGAGAGAGAUGCAUGUUGAUCAUGUCGUCUUUACUACUUUGCUAAUAUUAUUUGUACUGUAGUACAUAUUGUUUGUGCUAUGCGAUUGAAAUUCAGCAUGUGUAUUAUGUUGCAGCUGAUGUCUUAAAUUUCAGCUGCAUUCUUUUGGGUGUAUCAAAGCAGCCGAAUACAGUUUAACAGUCAACCAUUUUGCAUAUAUGUGCAAUAUAUAUUGUACUAUUUGUAUAUAUUUUUGCCUUACACCAGGGACCAGGUGAAAGUGAAGAUGUUAUGAGAUCAUAUACCUUCAACUAAAAAGCAAGCAUUAAAUAGGCAAUGUAUUUUGUAUGCAUUGGCAAUGCACUAAGGUGUAUUAGCUAGUUAAUAAUAAUAAUAAGCACAUCUAAAUUAUCAGGGGUAAAUGAGACAGUUUUUAGCCCAUACUUGCACCAACCUGAAAAUUGUAACUAGAUUUUUUUUAGUUAAUUCUACGAAGUCUGUGAAUUACAAAAUACAGAACUGUGUAACUUCUAUAUUUAGAAAUGUGUACAGAGCUGAUUUGCAGGCCCGUAUCUUUAGAUAUUUUGCAGGCUUAAAUGUUCUGCACUUGGAGGGAUAUUUUGCCAGUUAUGCAGUGCAUUAUGGAAAUGCUCUUCCUCUACAGUAUAAGCACUAAACUACGUAGUCUGCAAUGGAGCUUUAUAUGGAUGAUCAACACAUGGUUAAUAGCAGAUAAGCUGUGUAUAUAUAAACUGCCUCUUUAUCAUUUUUUUUUGGUCAGUCAGGUGUCUGACACAUGUGGAUACCCAUCACCAUGCUUAAGAGUGUCCAAACCAGACUGAGAGUUCUAUGAAUGUCACUCAGACAUGGACAUUUCCGUGCCUGGAAUGCAAUGCCCUGGAGGGACGCAUCCUGCCUACCUAUUUCCAGAGAGUAUUAGGCGCAGGUUGGCAAAAGCCAAUGCUUGGGUAGCCCAGAGCGUGUGUUUGGGUGCUGCUGAAAUUUAACCUGAUAAAACUGUAGAGCUUGGCAUUGAAGGAAAUGUCUGGCAAGCUUUCCCUUUGCUUGUCCAGCUAGGACCACCCUACCCAUUAGAGCUUUGUCUUGCAGAGGAGCUGAGUGGAAAGACUCCCUUGCUCCGAAUUAUUAAUUUACAUGAGAUCUUACAAUCAUGAUAAAAAUCAUCUUAGCAAAGCACUACCUGUGGCCUUGUUUUAGAGACACAGUGGUCAGUCUUAGUUGUAUGAUAUACAAUGGUAUUUUCCCACAAGGUCGACAAACCACUUGCUUGGAGAAAAAUAGCUUGUUUGAUAACUAAGUGAAAUAUUUUAUGGUUUUACUUUCAAAAUGUCUAACGCUCUGGUUACUCCUCCCCAUGGCUUUGCAGUUUUUCAUUCUAUGUUUAGACAUAGCUGACAAAGAAGAAUUAAAACAUUUCUUGAUUUUUUGUAACAAUAAAGGGAGCUUUAACAUUGA